GGUUUAGUAAUCGCGUUUGGCUCAGUUCUUAACUAACUUCAUACAGGUCGUUUUUCUCUAGUAUUCGCUGUUUUACGUUAACCGUUAUGCAACUUUCGAUAUGGGACUACACAAGUACUACGUCGAGCUUCGAUUCUACAACCGAUAGAAAUAUUAAUAUGAUAAAAUUCGUCUUUAUCGGUGACAGAGCAGUCGGGAAAACGAGUAUCUUAGUGACUUACACAACCAACGGUUACCCUAGUGAAUACGUCCCCACCGCUUUUGAUAACUAUUCUGUGAUAGUGACAGUGGACAACCAUCUCACCAGACUACAGUUAUGUGACACAGCAGGCCAGGACGAUUUCGAUUCACUUCGGCCGCUUUGUUAUCCCAGAGCAGAUGUGUUUCUACUGUGUUUUAGUGUAGUCUGCCCAACUUCCUUUUACAACAUUACGAAAAAAUGGAUCCCAGAAGUUAGGAAACAUUGUCCAACUGCACCUGUCCUCCUGGUGGGAACACAGUGCGAUUUACGGACAGACGUGAAGGUAUUAAUUGCACUCGACUAUUACCAUGAACGACCAAUAAAUGAGUACGAAGCUCGUGAGCUUGCUCAACGAGUAAGUGCUGUUGGGUACAUCGAAUGUUCUGCUUUAACUGAAAAGAACCUUAAGGAAGUGUUCGACACAGCCGUUUGGACAACACUUGAAAACAACCGAUGUAGUGGUGUUCUGACUCCAGACUGCUGGAAUAGGAUCAGCCUACUCUCGUUUUCAGACAGCACAAGUGUCCCUGUUCCUUGCUCAGCUAGACUCACACUUGGUGAUAAGUUCAAGAAGUGGUGGGGAAAGUUUUGUUGUUUUUCUUAGUUAGAAUACAGUUGAAUCAUGGGUAGGCAUAAUUGGCACGAUA